UGGUUCGCGCAGACGCUCUCCCCCGACGCCGCCGCCCGCCGCGCCGCCGAGCAGAGCCUCGCCGCCACGGCCGCCACCCCGGGCUUCGCGCUCGCGCUCCUCGGCCUCGCCUCCUCCCCGCGCCACGACCUCCAGGCCCGCCUCGCCGCCUCCGUCCACUUCAAGAACCUCCUCCGCCGCCGCUGGCCCAAGCCCGCCGACGACGCCGACGACGCCGACCACCUCCCGCCCAACGACUGCGUCAUCAUCAAGACGCACAUCCUCCAGCUCCUACUCACCGCCCCGCCGCUCAUCCAGUCGCAGCUCUCCGAAGCCCUCGCCGCCGCCGCGGCCUCCGACUUCCCUGCCAGAUGGGAGUCGCUCCUCCCGUCCAUCGUCUCCUCGCUCGGUAACGCCCUCUCGGCGGGGGACGUCCCCGCCACCAACUCCCUCCUCGCCGCUGCGUUCUCCCUCUUCUCCCGCUUCCGCAACGUCUUCGACAGCAACACCCUCCGCAUCGACCUCAAGUACUGCCUAGACACUUUUGCGGCGCCCCUCCUCGAGGUCUUCCUCUCCACCUCUCGCCGCCUCCAGGCCUCUGCAGCCGCCGCAAGCCCACUUGAACUCCGCCCCGUAUUUGAGUGCCUUCGUCUGUGCUGCGAGAUCUUCUACUCGCUCAACUCUGUGGACCUGCCGGAGUUCUUCGAGGAUCACAUGCGUGAGUGGAUGACAGAGUUCCGUGCAUUCCUCACCACCUCCUACCCUCCGCCUGUAGAGGCAGAUGGUGCUCCAGAUGCGCUCCGAGCUGCUGUCUGUGAUAACCUGCAGCUGUACAUGGAGAAGUAUGAGGAAGAGUUCAGGGCAUAUUUGAAGGAGUUUGUUGAGGCCGUGUGGGGGCUCCUCAUGGCGCCGACAGUCUCGCUGUCCCGUGGUCAGCUUGCCGUGACUGCGAUAAGGUUCUUGACAACAGUCGCCGAGAGUGUUCACCAUGCUUUGUUCGGGACUCCUGAUGCAAUGAAACAGAUAUGUGACAGCGUUGUUGUGCCUAACCUGCGACUGCGGGACGAGGAUGAGGAGUUGUUUGAGGGGAACUGGGUGGAAUAUGUCAGGCGUGAUGCAGAGGGAAGUGAUACCGAUACACUGAGGCGUGCUGCGUGCCGCUUGCUGCGUGGGCUAGCCGCGAACUACCGGGAACAGGUGGCUGUACUUGUAUCAGCGCAGGUCCAGCAGAUGUUGGCUGCAUAUGCCGCUGACAGGGCAAACAACUGGAAGGAGAAGGAUGCUGCGAUAUAUCUUGUUAUUGCUCUUAUGCAGAAGCCUGGUGCCACAGGCGGUGGGACACCUGUGGUUGACAUGGAGAGCUUCUUUGCAUCUGUGAUUGUGCCCGAGCUGCAGGCCCCUGAUUGGGAAUCUGAGCCAAUGCUGAAGGCAACAGUCCUCAGGUUCUUGAAGGAGUUCAAGGAUCAGAUACCCAAAGCCACCGCACUGGCUCUGCUUCCAAGUGUUACAAGGUUCCUGACGCACGAGUCCAAUGUUGUCCAUUCCUAUGCUGCGAUCUUUAUCGAGAACCUGCUGAUCAUCAAGGAUGUUGUCCAGAUUAUUCAGAGCCUGUCCAAGGCGUUAGGUUAUCCUGAUUCUUAUGAGAACCCCUAUCUGAUGAAGUGCCUGAUGAGAGUACUUGGGAUCGCAACUAUCGCUGGCCAAGUUGUUCAUGAGAUAACCGCUCGUCUUGUGGGCAUUCUGAUGGAAGUGUGCAAUAACCCCAAGAACCCUGACUUUAAUCAUUACUUGUUUGAAGCUCUGGCAGCAGUGAUUGGCAAGGCUGGUGAACAAGACCCAGCAUUGGUACCUUUGUUUGAGGCAAGCCUCUUCCCAGUACUCCAGAGGAUAUUAGUUGAGGACAUCUCAGAGUUCUGGCCAUAUUCUUUUCAGAUAUUCGCACAGCUUGUCAAUUUGAGCCGACCACCUCUCUCGCAGAAUUACAUGCAGCUGUUUGGUGUCUUGCUCAGCAAUGCUACUUGGGAUCGACCACCAUGUGUUCCUGCCUUGGUUCGCUUGCUGCGAGCAUUCCUUCGGAAAAUUCCAAAUGAGCUUAACCAAGAAGGUAGGCUGCCAAAUAUCUUAGUGAUAUUCCGUAGUCUAGUUUCACGCAGCAGCACGGAAGAUUCUGCAUUCUACAUGCUUAACACGCUAGUGGAAAAUGUUGGUUUGGACAUUAUCAAUCCACACAUAAGUGAGAUAUGGAGUGCUCUCUUUACUCGCUUACAGACUAGGCAAGCAGUGAAGUUUGUGAAUUCUCUUGUGGUGGUCAUGUCCUUGGUGUCAGUCAAGUAUGGGCCAGGUGUUCUUGUCAGUUCUGUUGAUACGAUUCAGCCGAAUCUCUUCACCACAAUUCUUCAGCGUUUUUGGAUUCCCAAUCUCAAGUUGAUCAAAGGUUCUCUUGAAAUCAAGCUUACAGCAGUUGCCUCAACAAAGUUGCUUUGUGAGUCCGCGGUGCUGCUGGAUGCUGCUGCAGCCCAAACGUGGGGUAAAUUGCUUGAUAGCAUUGUCACACUGUUGUCUAGAACGGAGCAAGAUGGAGUACAACAAGAGCAAAAUGACGGAGCUGAUGCGGUGGAUAAUCAGAAGACAUCAGGUUAUUCUGUCUCAUUUGUACGCCUUCAGUAUGCUGGGAAGAGUGAAGAUGAUCUGUUGAAAGACAUAAAUGAUCCAAAGCAGUUUCUGGUGACAUCCUUGGCCUCACUUUCUGCACAGUCUCCUGGAAGGUUUGGUCCUGUCAUUGAGCAGCAUGUGGACCCAGCAAACAAAAGUGCUCUUCUUCAGCUUUGUGCUGCCUAUAAUGCCAACAUUGUCUAGGAGCCAAAUGGUGUCGUUCUAAGGAAUGCUUGGUUACCAGAGUUUUUUUGUCAGAGGAUGAUGAGUCUCUUGGUGUCAUGUGUCCAUGAAGCUGGUUCCUGGUUCGUCCAUGUGUAGGUUGAUGGUGUGAUGGGAAAGAGAAGGUCGCCAAAUCAAAUCAUAUAUAGAAACAUGAACUUUGUGGAGAAUCUGUCUAUUUUGGUUUGAAAUUUUUGUGUGUGUGGAAGAGUUCUCUUUUUCCCGGUGAGUGUACUGGUACUGGUCCCGAAUGUUGUCAAUGUUGUCUGUGUGUGUUGUUAUUCCCGUGGGAUCUGCUGUAAUUCGGCAUGGGAAAUGGUAUAUUUGUUGGAUGUUAUUGGCAGCAUCCACUGUUGGUGUAACCCUUUCACGAGUCUCAGUUUUGAAGGUUGCAACUUGCUGCAA